UAGGAGGCAAUGAAAUACAUAUUUCCUUUUUUUAUUCUCUCUAAAGUAACCUAUCUCAUUCCCUCAACCUCUUCUCUUAGCCUCACCCUCUCUCUUCUCGUCUUUUUAUCUCCCUCACAGAUACCUCUCAGAUUUCUUUCCAAGUAUUCUCUUGCAGGUGGCUGGCGUAGGAGUCUCGACGGGGAUAGCGACGGCGACGGCGACGGAGUCUCGACGGAGAUAGCGACGGCGACGGCUGGCGGAACACCUAUGAGAGAGCGUGCUGUUUAUGUUGCAAUAUUUGAAACAGAUGCUGAAAUAAUGAAAUUUUAUGUGCGGAAGUGGUGCAAGAUAUCAUCGGAUGUUGGAAUUCGAUCCAUCAUUGACAGGUCAUAUUACAAGCAGUGGCUUAGCUCGUCAAUUCAGAAAAUUGUCACUAUUCCAGCUGCAAUGCAAAAGGUUGCAAAUCAUGUCCCUAGAGUGGUUCAUCCUGAUUGGCUGCAUAAGAAGGUUCGUGAGAAGGAUGAUAAAUUUCGACAGCAAAAGCUAGCUGAUGUCUUCAAUUCAUUUAAGAAGGAUGAAUUGUUAAAAAGGAAGGAUGAAACUGUAGGAAUUAGUAAUGUGAUUGAGGAAGAGGUUGUUGGAGAUCUUGAAGACUUCCAAAGAAAUAAGAGUUCCGUGAAGGGACCUAGACCAGUAGUUUGAUGUUAUGAAGUUAAUAACAAGAAUAAUUCAGUUGAGAAUGUAGCACAAGAAUGUCCACAUCAAGCUGAUGAUAAUGAAAAUGAGCAGCAAGUACAAGAUUCCUCCACUUCUGAGAUUAUUGACAGAGAUGUGGACUACCAAGGAUGGCUUGAAAUGAAGAAGAGAAAGUGGAAAGAUAGUCUGAACAAGAGGAAGAGGCAAAGGAACAGCUUAAUUUCAAACAUGCUUAAUUUAGUGGAGAUAGAAGCACAAAAGGAUAAAUCAGAAGGAUACCAGAAACUUUACCAGCAUCUGUUUCAAAUAUUGCAACAGGUCCUUAUCUAAAACCUCUGUCCACUUUCUUAUCUCAUCUUUGAAGUAGCAGCUGACCCCACCACUACGCCAUGACAGUUCCAAUGUGCAUCAUCUGAGGCAAUCUGUUGUGGUAGGUGUCAUUGUUACUUUGACCCCACCUCCGGCCAUUGUCGGUGUCCACUUCCCAAAGUCAUCAUCGACAUUCACAAUAAGUUCAGUCAGAGAAAAGGAGGCUCUCAUGCAAUGAUCCCAAAGUGAAGAAUAAGAAGAAUGUCAAGAAAAAUGACAUUAUUGAGUUUUCAAUGACCUAAAAAUAAUGUAUAGAUAUUUUUAUUAUGAAAUGUGCUUCUUGAUAAGCAAUGAAUAUUGUAUAAUAUAUGUUUGUUUAUUU